AUGAUAGAUGUGUAUUUCUUUAACAGUGUUCUUCUACCAGGAGGAGCUGUUGAUCUUCUGACUUCUAGUUUUUCCAAGACAGCUAGAAUAUUCUAUAAAUUGUCUAUUGAGGCUGCUUCUUCUGGAAUAUAUUUUCCUAUCUGGGGGACAUGUUUGGGAUUCCAGGUCCUCACUGCCCUAACAGCUGGAGAGAACUUAUUAAGUAGCACAUCGGCUGAAAACAUAUCGCUUCCACUAAACCUCACGGAAGACAUCUCCACCAGCAGAAUGUUUCGCCAUGCUCCUCCAGAAUUACUCCGUGUUGUCACCAGAGAGAACAUAACUGCCAAUUUCCACCACUUUGGCCUAACUCCAGAGGUUUUUUUUGCCAACAAGAAGCUAUCUGAGUUUUAUCGGAUCCUGUCCACAAACCGAGAUAAGAACAAAGUCGAAUUUAUUUCAACUAUUGAGGCUCGAGAUUACCCUAUCUAUGGAGUGCAGUGGCAUGCAGAAGUAAAUCGCUUCCAGUGGAAGAGAGACUAUGCCUUCCCACACUCUGAAAAUGCAAUAUGGAUAUCACAAUAUAUGGCCAACUUCUUUGUUAAUGAAGGUAACAGGUUUACUACAAUUAACUUCUUUAUAAAGCAUAGCUAG